AUGCUGCGCUACCAGGCGACCAUGUACGGCGAUUCUUACGGGAAUGAUUAUCAUUCACCCGUUCAGGUUAGUGCAGGCUGAUCUCCGAGUAUCGGAAUGUUUUCUGUAGGGACCAUCUACAAUCGCAUCGUCCAUGGGGAUCCGGUCGCAGCAGGGUAGAGUUAUUAAAAGAACUCCGACAGCGUUCAAGGUUCCAUUCACCCAAGAUUUUCCGCUUCGAACUCUCAUUUUCAGAGUAUUCCCGCGUGCCGGUUAGCACCCCGUCGUCGAUUGUUUGUCGCCGACAGUAGUCAGAAGACGAUGACAAGUAGCGCGGGGAUAACGUUUCCGCCGCCGGAUUACAUCAAGAAAAUGAAGGAGAACUACGAGAGUGGCAAGAUCGUAAGAGGCGCAGAGAAAGAGAGAUUAACCGGUCGAGAAGAGUUUCAGAUAUACAUUCGUAAGAACGCUUCGGGAAUGAAAGGGAGUCAGAUAGGCGGCGGCAGACUCGCCACCAUCAACAAUUCCAUAAGAGCACCAUCGUGAGCCAGAAUCAGAAUGCCUGGAUUUAGUAGAUGCGUUUCCAGAUACCACGCGACCUCAAUGUCCUCUGGAAGUGUGACACUAGACACGAGCGGCAGUGCGCCCAAAUACGUGUACCGUCUCCCGAAGACUGAUUUCGGACCCAAAGUCGAUGAGUUAGUCAGUUUUCUGAUGACUGUUUCUGAGAGAGUUAUUCUAGAAAUCGUCCGAAUUCGAAUAUGUACGUGCCCGCAUUCGAGCCCCCUAAACAGCAUUACACAACGGUUCCGGCGUGCAUGUCCAUGGGCGGAGAAGUCGUUUUCGAGGAAGAAGUGGACGAAGAAGUCGCCGAUCUGGGCACAGAUGAGCUCACGAACGACGGAUUCAAUUCGGAGAAGACACCGAAAUCUGAAUCCCCAGAUCCAUACCUCAAGUCGUCCGGGCCGUUGAUCCAGACGAGCACACCGAUGAGCGGCCAACCACCCAAAACACCCGGGUAUAAUCUGCUCCAGAGAAAUCGGUUACAAGCCUCCAGAUUUUCGUUGGUUUACUCUCGUGAGACGCGUAGAAUAAUCUAAAUUUAAGAUGCCCUCAACAAGAUUGUUAUUGGCGUGGUGCGAAUGAAAUGUCAAUGAGAAAGCACAUGCAAGUGCACGGUCCCAAACAGCCAGUCAUGUACGACAAAGCGGCCGGAGAGACGAUGAAAGUGCAGCUGGUUCAGCCGAAGCCGAAAGGGGUUAGAAGGGAAAGAAAGUAUUGAGAUUGAAUAGAAUUUCAGGUGAAAUGCAGUGAAUGCGACACAUUCGCCUACUCGCGUCCUCUUCUCCUCCGUCAUAUGUACGAUUCGCACGGAAUCGAGGCGCCGCUAGUGAAACGAACAUUCGCCAACCGAGAGAUGCUUCAAUCGUGGCUUGAUUCCCUGCGCGAGACCCACGCGGUCGAAUUCGUUGUCUCUUCCGGCUCCAAAAAAUGGGGACGAGGGCUCCAAGUGCACUACUUGACGUGCUCCAGAAGUGGAGAUCAGAAGGAACGGCCGAACAAGAAGUACGUCCGUCCGCCGCGUCCGUCGAUCAAAUGCGGUAGAAACUGCAUGGCCUACCUGAAGAUCAAGCAGAAUCCGACGGUGUCCGAACUGCAAAUCGAAGGGUGUCUGCAUCACAGUGGACACGAAAUCGACCACACUCGGAUGGUGCUCGAGCCGAACGAGCUGGCGGCAGUGGGUGCGAUUGUGGAUGCGGUGAACGAGGGAAUGGAGGUUCUGAGCAACAUGGAAACUGUGCGCAACUAUCUCGGAUCCUCCGGCCGGUUCCGCCUCGUCAGCGACAACGGACUCAUCGAACAAAUGCCUAUUUGGUUCGAGCAGUAUCACAGAGACAUGGCCGGCUACACCGGGAACGGAUACCGUGGAUCUGGUGCUUUGACACUCACCAACUCCUACUGUAAUCCAUUCCGAUGUCCCUUUCUCUUCUCAACUACCUUUCUUUUCAGUGCCAUCGACGAAGCCGGCGAUGAAUGCAAACAGAAGAGUGAUGUACUCCGGUAUGAACAUUAAGGUAAUCACGGGAAUUCGGGAAUGUUCUGACGAUCGAAAAGGUUUCAGAAAGAGCUAGACUCGAUUACCAUGAAGACGGCUGUGCCGAUUCGAUUUAACGGUGGACAGCUUCAGGACAUUUCUUUGCAUCCGAACGAGCAAGAUUUCGACGAAGCUGUUCGUUGAUUUCUCGUAAAAUACUGACAAUAAAUAGUUUUCCAGAAGGUCAAGAUAGAGUUGGACGACGAGGACACUCUGGCGACUCAGAGCCUUCUGAAGGACGAGUUCGACGAUCUCAAGCCGGGAGACUUCUUCGGUCUCAGCGGAGAGGACGACGAGAUCCUGUGCAGUGGGGAGGAGGCUUCUGGAGUCACCUCCACGAUCGACGGGAUCCUCGCCGCCAAUCUGCCGGACAACUUUAACGAUCCUCUCUGCGGAAUGGAUCUUUCCACUGACUUUGGCUGCGGAUUCGACGACGACGCAUUCGAUGAGGUGAGUGGGACGACGUGGAACCCCGAAUAAUCUUUCCGAACUUUAGUUGCUCGGCCUCUCCAGUUUCAACGAUCGCAGCAACUUGAACUGCUCCUGA